GCGCGCAGACACUAAAUCCGCUAGAUUACCAAACCCGUCUCACACCAAGGGACUGGUGACCGUUUUCUUUUCUUUUUUUUUAAAACCGUGUUAGCUAACGUUAACGUACGGGACCAACUGUACCCGUCUUUAAGCCUCAAGGAAACUAAUGAAUUAUUCUGUGGUGUACGACUACUUGUGAGGACGCCUCACUCCUCCUUUGUUUUUGUCUUCUUUUGGUUGAAAAAGAGCCCCACAGGGUUUUCGGGCUAGUUGGUCGUCAGGAGUUGGAACGACGACGAGCUUCUUCCUACUUAAAAUAAAGUCUUCAUCGGGCGGAUAUCAGAUGAUAGGACACGUCUACGUGAACUGUAAGCUUUUUAUUUAGGGGUUAACAAUGACCCGAAGAGAAGGAGCUAUUCUCUGGACUGGCCCAACACGGUGUCAAAGGCUAGGCUAGGUUUCGGUCCGAACUGUCAUGAAAGCUAACGUCCUCCGAGCGGGUUCUUCUGACUAAUGGGACGCGCAUAGCACUCACAAGACGUGCUCUCUAAAACUGUUCACCGCGACACCGUUAUUUAUUCAUUUUUUUUUUAAAGGAGGGUGGGAUUCCUUUGUCAACUUUGUAAGCGAGUUCCCGAGGAUCAGCAUGUCGUUCUUUAAUUUCCGUAAGAUCUUUAAAUUGGGUUCCGAGAAGAAGAAGAAGCAGUACGAACACGUGCGCAGAGAUGAGAAUCCGGAGGAGAUAUGGGAUAUGAUCGGUGAACUGGGAGAUGGAGCCUUUGGAAAAGUGUUCAAGGCCCAAAACAAACUGACGGGAAUUCUAGCUGCAGCUAAAGUUAUCGACACAAAGACCGAGGAGGAGCUGGAGGACUACAUGGUAGAGAUUGAAAUCCUGGCCUCCUGCGACCACCAAAACAUUGUCAAGCUGCUCGACGCUUUCUAUUAUGACAGCAAACUGUGGAUCCUCAUUGAGUUCUGUGCUGGAGGGGCUGUGGACGCAGUCAUGCUAGAACUGGAGAGACCUCUGACGGAGCCUCAGAUCAGGGUGGUGUGUCAGCAGACCCUGCUAGCCCUCGUCUACCUCCACGACAACAACAUCAUCCACAGAGACCUGAAGGCUGGCAACAUCCUCCUCACGCUGAACGGCGACGUCAAGCUGGCUGACUUUGGUGUGUCUGCCAAAAACACCAAAACCCUGCAAAGGAGAGACUCUUUCAUUGGGACUCCUUACUGGAUGGCUCCGGAGGUGGUGAUGUGCGAGACGUCCAAGGACCGUCCGUACGACUACAAGGCUGACAUCUGGUCCCUCGGGGUCACGUUGAUAGAGCUGGCACAGAUUGAGCCGCCCAAUCACGAGAUGAACCCCAUGAGGGUCCUGCUGAAAAUAGCCAAGGCGGAUCCUCCGACCCUGAUGCAGCCUUCACGCUGGUCCCCAGAAUUCAGUGACUUCUUGAAGCGGUGUUUGGACAAGCAUGUGGAUAACCGAUGGAACCCCACACAACUGCUACAGCAUUCAUUUGUGUCCAGCGUGACGGACAGCAGGCCCCUGAGGGAGCUCAUAGCGGAGGCUAAGGCUGAGGUCACGGAGGAGAUCGAAGACCACAAAGAGGAAGAAGAGGAGGAAGAGGCGGACGCCCACCUGGGCCACAAACGCGCCCCCUCUGAUGUCAGCAUUGCCAGCUCAGAGGAUGAGAAGAUCCCCCUCUCUCCCUCCAGCCUGGAACCAGUCCCUGAGAAGGUUGAGCCCACUGGGCCCCCACCCACUGAGCUCCCUGUGGCCAACCACGUGGUGGACACUAGCUUUGUUGAGGAGGCCGCCUCCCCGGUAGUUGAGGAGACUUCAAACACUCCAGAUGAGGAAGGAGAGCUGGAACAGACACCAGUGGAGGACAAGCCCCCAGAAGCAGGAGGAGAUGUUGCCUCCCCAGAACCAGAGAACGAACCAGAAGCACCGGUCAAGGAAAUGCAGCAGCUGGAGAUUGCAGUCGAGGAUGAAAAGGAAGUGGACACGUCAGAGGUUUCGGCCAAUCCACAGGCCAGCUCAGAGGUCACUGAGGCUCCUCAGGAGGAGGAGACCGUGGCUGUUGUAGAGGAGUCAAAUGCACCAGCCAAGGAGCAGCAGCAGGAGGAGGAGGACCGGUACAAAAAUCUCAAGGUGACACUGACGCUACCAGAGGAAGAUGAAGUUGUCCCAAAGCAGGAGGAUGGAGAGAAGCCCACAGAAAAGGAGAAGAUGAAUGCUGAAGAUGAGAAGACGGUUCCAGACCAAGCUACGGAUGAGAAAGAGAAAGAUUCCGACUCGGUGAGCGGCUCAGUUGCAGAUAACAGCAGUGUCGACCUCAACCUGUCCAUCUCGAGCUUUCUGUCCAAAACAAAAGAGCCGGGAUCGAUCUCCGUGCAGGACAACAAGCGGCAGAAGAAGACAAUGAAAAAGACUCGCAAAUUCAUUGUGGAUGGAGUGGAGGUUAGCGUGACGACAUCAAAGAUCAUUACUGACAAUGAUACCAAGAACGAGGAGAUGAGGUUCCUGAGACGCCAGGAGCUGAGGGAGCUGCGUUUCCUGCAGAAGGAGGAGCAGCGGGCCCAGCAGCAGCUCAGCAACAAGCUGCAGCAGCAGAAGGAACAGAUCUACCGGCGCUUUGAGCAGGAGACCACGAGUAAGAAGCGUCAGUACGACCAGGAGGUGGAGAACCUGGAGCGGCAGCAGAAGCAGACCAUCGAGAGGCUGGAGCAGGAUCACACCACCCGGCUCCGGGACGAGGCCAAACGCAUCAAAGGCGAGCAGGACAAAGAGCUGUCCAAGUACCAGAACAUGCUGAAAAACCGCAAGAAAGAGGAACAAGAGUUCCUUCAGAAGCAGCAGCAGGAUCUGGACACGGCUCUGAAGAAGAUCAUCCAGCAGCACAAACACGAGCUGGCCACCAUCGAGAGAGACUGCCUCAACCACAAGCAGCAGCUUCUCAGAGCACGGGAGGCUGCCAUGUGGGAGCUGGAAGAGCGCCAUCUGCAGGAGAAACACCAGCUGUUCAAACAGCAGCUCAAAGACCAGUACUUCAUGCAGAGACAUCAGCUGCUGAAGAGACACGAGAAGGAGAUGGAGCAGAUGCAGCGCUACAACCAGCGUCUGAUCGAGGAGAUGAAGAACAAGCAGACGCAGGAGAGAGCCAGGCUGCCGAAGAUCCAGCGCAGCGAGGCCAAGACCCGCAUGGCCAUGUUCAAGAAAAGCCUCCGCAUCACCGGAGCUGCCAUCACCCCCGAGCAGGAGAGGGAGAAGGUCAAACAGUUUGCAGCCCAGGAAGAGAAGAGGCAGAAGAACGAGAGGCUGCAUCAGCAUCAGAAACACGAGAACCAAAUGAGGGACCUGCAGCUGCAGUGCGACGCCAACAUCCGAGAGCUGCAGCAGUUACAGAACGAGAAGUGCCACCUGCUCAUCGAACACGAGACCCAGAAGCUGAAGGAACUGGACGAGGAGCACAGUCUGGAGCUGAAGGAGUGGAGGGAGAAACUACGACCCAGGAAGAAGGCCCUGGAGGAGGAGUUUGCCAGGAAGAUGCAGGAACAGGAAGUGUUCUUUAAGAUGAGCGGCGAGUCGGAAUGCCUUAACCCGUCCAGCCAGAGCCGCAUCUCCAAGUUCUACCCCAUCCCCACCGUCCACUCCACCGGUUUCUAGUCGACAUGGACAUGAUGUGUGCACACACACACACACACACACACACACACACACACACAGCGACAGUGCAGACCGAACCGAGCUGCCUUGCCUUCUGGAAAUUGUUGGAGGCUGCGAGAAGCAUUUCUGUUUCUGGACUCUGCUCCUCAGUCGGCAGUCUCAGCCUCAUUUGGUUCACGUUGUCAUACUUUCACACUAUUCCCGUUAUUUUCGAAGGACAAUUCUGAAGGCGAUUUUUCAGAUUCCGUGUUUCAGUGAAGUAGCUGUCUGGCUAACCUUCCUGUUUUUGACUAGCUUUUUUAUAAAGACGCCGGUGCCUGUAGGAUUUGAUCUGUUGGGCUUUAAAAUGAUCAUUAUUUUCUGCUCGAUUCUUUUCUUAUUUGUACACGUGUACUGAAGCCCUGAGAAGCAGAUAAGACGAGAAAUAUUGUGGCGAUCCAUUUUUUAAAUAGUCGUCGGCACGUCUCCAGUUUGGAGUCCCAGCAUGGUUGCUAAGCGAUGUACAGGUGGUAACAUUUUUUUUAAAAAACUAGUUUUGACAGGAUCAUUUAUUCUAAGUUCCCCCCCCCCCGCCAAAAGAAGGAAUGUGCUCCUGUUUCACAGAUGAAAGGAGAAAACCUUUCAUCCACCUCAACACCGCCUCUCAGGGCUUCCCUACAUUCGCAUGAGAAAAAAAAAGCUUUUUUAUACAACUUAAACAAAACUGUUGAUUUCAUUUAGGUAAAAAUUCAACAGCAACCAUAUAAUGUCUACUUGAUAACAUAGAAUGUAUUUCUGCUGAAGGAGCAGGUUCCUUCAGAUGAAGGAAUGAUCCAGUAUAUUUGAUGAAACCCUAUAUCUCUCUGUGUUAGACGUUUAGCUUGUGAUGCGUAGAGUUGAGCUGAUGCAUGAUCUCCCCACAAGCUUCAGGACUGCUUCAGGAUGCCUCCAGCAUGCAGUGGAGACAAAGGGUCACAGACACAAACGUCAGUGGGUUCGAAUGGUUCCAUUGUUUUAGGCACCACCACUUUACUAUUGUCCAGCAAAGCAGACGUAUCUGUGGGAGCGGUGUUUGGGGAUGAAUGACCAACCGCAGUUUUUCAGUGACUGGAAGUUAUUUAACGUUUAAAAGCGUUUUCUCUCUGAGCAAAUCCAACCGCCAAACGGCUCCUAAUCGGCUGCUCCUGGUGAGCCGUUUCCUCAUUGAAAUACUGUUUGCAUUGUCCUGCUAGCUGACAGCCUUAAUGAUGGAUAUAAACGGACCCCUGGUGCGGGGGCGACGCUGGGUUUUACGCCAGCUGGCCAACUUCCUGUUGUGAAGCAAGCGGACAGCUUCAGUCUUGGAAGAAAGGAACACAACGUGAGCUCUCAGCAUUUCUUUUAUUCAGGCGGAUGGAUUGUGACGUCACAUUCGAAUUGGACCCGACUGGUCUGGCCCAUCUUGACUUGUGAUUGGUUCAUCUCAUCCUCUUUUUUUUUUUCUUUACGAUUGGCUAGUCAACGGUAUUUAAUAACCGGAACUAACUGCGGAGUACAAAACAUUGCGUUGGAGUGCUGUGCACCUUUUCCAGAACUUUCUCCGUCAUUAUUUAUAUGAAAUGCAGCAUUCAGCAGCAUUCAGGACUAUAAGUGCUUGUUCUGUCGGUUGGCUCAAUUCUACACACAAUGAGUCAAUGGAUGACAUUCUGAUUGGAAAACAAUGAUGCCCAUAUCAAAAUCAUUAUUUUAGAAUAGCUGUGUAAUGUCAAUAUUCAUUGUGCUGUAAAUAAACCUGUUUUUCUCUGUA